CAGCGUAUGCAGCAAAUAGAGAGGAAUGUUUACAGUGUUUACAAAAUAGCUCCGAAAAUGACCUUCGAAGAAGAUUUAAUUGCAAAAGUUCGUGCAAAUGAAGUCCUGUACAAUGUGAAAAAUGUAAACUACCGAAGGAAAACCGAUAAAGAUCGGCUCUGGCAACAGAUAGCGUAUGAAUUAAACUCAACAGUGGAUGCUUGCAAGCGUCGAUGGAAGAGUUUGCGGGACAAGUACAUCAAGCUGAGCCGGGUGGAACAUUCGGCAAGAGGAACGUCCGAUGAGGAACACCCCAAGAAGUGGCGAUACUACGACAGCUUGACAUUUCUCCAGGGAUGCAAAGCAACACUCACUACCAACCAAUUCCUAGAAAAUAUGUACCUCAGCGAGGAUCGAUUUAUAGACAUCAAAUGUGAACAUCCGCUAGCUCGACCUUUCGGACGCGAUGAAACCACGGUUACCGGUACUGUGACCCCGCUCAGUCCCGGAAUCGUAUCAGCAGAUCGAUUCACAUUAACCGAAACCCGUGGACUAACAACGGGGACACACGAUCUCUCCAGUGGUGCCAGCAGUGGUAGCCGCAAGCGCGAACUAGAUCUCAUCGAAUCGGAGUGCAUCAAAAUCAUCCGCUCGGCGGCAGAAGCAGUGCAAAUGGAAGCCAGUGCCAAUAUUCGCCGAAGCAGCACACAACUGCUCUUUGAAGCACUGGCUCAGCGGAUCGAUGAGGCGAAUCUACCGGCCAGCCGACUCAAUGCCAUCCAGACAGCAGUCACCAAUCUGGUGUAUUCGUCCUUAUGAGC